AUGGGCAAGAAGAAGGUUUUGGUCUGGAUACACCUAGCUACGGGGUGGAUAUCGAUGCCGUGGCCGGUUGGCUGGGGUCAUACGGAGGCGAAGACAGCACAAGCGACAUCAGCAGAGGUCGGCAAAACAAUGCACUUGACGUUUUCACGGCUAAUCCUCUGGAGAACAGGUCUUUGGGCGGGAACAAUCGGUACCCGACGCUUGUUGAAGCUAUUUGAAAAGUACAACAUCAAGGCCUCAUGGUUCAUCCCUGGACACAGCCUGGAAACAUUUCCAGAAGAGUGUGCUAUGGUCCGAGAUGCUGGACAUGAGAUUGGUCUACAUGGUUACAGCCACGAAAACCCCGUGGACAUGACCUUUGAGCAGCAGAAAGACGUUCUGCACAAGACAUGGAAGUUACUCACCGACUUCUGCGGAAAGCCGCCCAAGGGGAGCGUGGCGCCUUGGUGGGAGACAAGCGAAGAAGGGACCGAGUUGAUGCUCAGCUACGGAAUCGAGUAUGACCACUCAAUGUCUCAUCACGACUGCCAAGCAUAUUGGCUGCGGACAGGCGACUCAUGGACCAAGAUUGAUUACACCAAGAAGGCUGAGGAGUGGAUGAAGCCACUGACAAAGGGAAAAGAGACGGGCAUGGUCGAAAUACCUGGCUCUUGGUAUAUAGAUGAUUUACCGCCUAUGAUGUUUAUCAAGAACUCUCCAAACUCACAUGGAUGGGUCAACCCGAGGCAAGUCUUUCCAGAAGCAAAAGAUGUCGAAGACAUUUGGAAAGAUCACUUCGAUUACUUCUACCGGGAAUAUGACGAAUUUAUCUUCCCAAUGACUAUCCACCCCGAUGUGUCGGGUAGACCUCACGUUCUCCUGAUGCACGAACGCAUCAUUGAGCACAUCAACAAGCAUGAAGGUGUCGAGUGGGUCACGAUGGGAGAGAUAAGCGAUUACUUCAAGAGCAAGAAUCCUGCACCUGAAGGCGCUCUUAUGCCAGCAAGUCACGAGGAGGUGAUGAAGAAGUUUCAAGAGUCCACGUAG